AUGAAAUUUGUGCAGGAAAAUAUUUUUUCGAGAUUUGGAUGUCCUAGAGUGAUUAUUAGUGAUGGAGGAACACAUUUUACAAAUAAAAAUUUCAGAGAACUGUUGAAAAAGAAUGGAGUACACCAUAGAGUAGCCACUCCAUAUCAUCCCCAAACAAAUGGGCAAGCUGAAGUAGCAAAUAGGGAAAUUCAGAGAAUUUUGAGAAAAAUAGUUAGACCAGAUAGGAAAGAUUGGCCCACGAAAUUACAAGAUGCAUUAUGGGCUUAUAGAACAGCUUAUAAAAAUCCCAUAGGUAUGUCCCCAUUUCGUCUCAUUUUUGGAAAGCCAUGUCAUCUUCCUGUGGAAAUAGAGCAUAAAGCAUUAUGGGCUAUAAAAAAUUUAUGUAUGGAUGAAAAAUCAGCUGGUGGGCAUAGAAUUUUUCAGUUACAUGAACUAGAGGAGUUGAGGAAUGAAGCUUAUGAAAAUCAUAGAAUAUAUAAAGAAAAAACUAAAACUUUUCAUGAUAAAUACAUUAGCAGAAAAAAAUUUGAUGUUGGACAAAAAGUGUGGUUAUAUGAUUCUAGGCUGAAAUUAUUCCCAGGAAAAUUAAAAUCAAAAUGGAAAGGGCCUUAUGUGGUGGAAGAGACAUGA